AGGACCCUUAUCUCAGUCAAUGUGCGCAGCUAGGGCCCCCUUUAUCUUCGCAGGGUUGGGAGGCGUAUCCUUUCCCCCUCUGCACUACCCUUCACAUACCACUCUGUCUCUCUCUCUCUCUCUCUCUCUCACCCCGUACCCUGACUACAACCUGCUUCAGACGACGCCCCACAACCCAUGAGAUUCCCACCCAAAGCUGAACCAAGUCCGCCGUGCGUCUUUUUCGCUCGAGAGGAAGCCGUCGGGGUCUUAUAAUUGCCGGGCUGUGCGCGCGAGCUGCCCCCGGCAUCACCUCAGCAAUAACACAAGGGGUGCCCAACCAAAAGAAGAAGAGAAGGGGGAGGAGAGGAAGGGGUGUGAGAGUGUUCCAAAUUGACGCUCGCAAAAUAAACAACACGACACCUCGUUUGGAAGACGUCUGCGGCGGGAAGCAAAAGGGAUCUGUAAACUGAGAUGGCUGAGGUGUCACAAGAGGAGAGACUCCAGGCCAUCGCUGAGAAAAGGAAGAGGCAGACAGAGAUUGAAAACAAGAGGAGGCAGCUGGAUGAUGACCGGCGGCAACUCCAGCAUCUCAAGUCAAAGGCACUGAGGGAGCGCUGGUUGUUAGAUGGUGCUCCAGCAGAGGAGGAGACUCAGAAGCGUCUGCAGGAGGAUGAGGUGAAGACCAAACUUUUAGAGCAAGUCAUCCUCAGGCUUGAGCAAGAGAUUGAAGAAUUAGAGACAGGAGUACCAGCCAAUAAGGGUGUGGCCAAAGAAAAUGGAGGUGAGAACGGAGUAGUGCAGACCUCUGGUCAGACACCCAAGAGAGAGGUGACAGGGAUUGAGGCCAAGCUGCUGGGCCCCAGUCCUGACCAAGCUAGUGCAGACAACCCAGUUACUUUAGUGUUCAUGGGUUACAAGACCGUUGAGGAGGAACAGGAGACUCGCACGGCCCUGGGGAUGGACGGGGUGGACGGCAAUGUCAAAGCCGAGUUUGUUGUGAUCGAGGAUGGGGAGGAGAAAGCAGGAGGAGACGCUGCCACAGAAGAGCAGGCUCCGCCUAAUGGGAGCAUGGCAGAAAAAGAGAAGGCUAAUGGAGGUGGGGAGGAGGGAGAGAAGGAAAAGGAGAAGAAACAAACCUGCAAAUGCUGCACGGUCAUGUGAGGUGUAUGUGUGUGCGUAUGUGCGCGUGGGUGGUACACACUUUCACCUUUGCAGGCAUGUGUGCCAUUGCAUGUGUCUGUAUUCGCAAAUGUGUGUAACUUUUUGUUUUUGUGUGGAAGUGUGUGUCAGGACUAUAAAAAAAAUUCAAAACAGAAAGUACAGUUACACAGCCAAUAUACCAACAACGAGAGCCAAUACAAGCUCCAGCUACAGCAAGAACCACAAAGACUCAUAAGUACACUUUACUCUAUAUUCUUUCUCUGAUAUGUAUUUGACUUUUGAUUUCUAUUGAUAUUUUUCUAUUUUUCUGUCUUGACAUUUAUAUUGUAUUCAGUAUGUAUAUCUUUAUUAUGGGACUGUGUACUGUAAGUUCAUUGUUAUUAUUGUUGGAAAGAAAUGUAUUAGCUCUCUGGACUGUACUGCUACUCAGUGGGGAAAAUCUGGAAACUUUAAAUCAUUUAAGUCAAAACAACAAACUAUGAAAGACACAGAUACUUAGAUAUAUAUAUAUAUUUCUCUGUGUAGGCCUAACACCUAUUUAUCGGUCAAUUUCAUAUUGCAAUAUUGUCUAAGAUAUUAUUUUAAAUAGUAUUUUAAUAUAUUGAUAUGAAAUUAUGUUUUAUACAAUGUAUUUAUUGUUUUUGGUUCUAUAUCAUCUCCAACCAUUAACUGCAUGUAAGCUUGUAAGCACUACCAGGUUUGCGUCACACUCAUACAAGUGUCUGUGUUUUCUUAGGCUCAUAUGUGCUCAUAUCUUUAAUCACAUAAGUCUUUCUAUCAGUAACAGUAAGUAUAAUUGGCAUUGUUAGAGGUAUGCAUUAUGUUUAAAAAAAAAUCUACAGCAAGGAGACAGAGACAAAUAGGAUCACUAACUAUGUUGCAAAUCAUGUUAGUUUGAUACUGUAUGUGGCACAUGUACAUUAAGAUCACAGCUGUUGUGUUUUUGGAAUACAGCUCUGUUUCUGAAAACAUCACAGCACUGUGUAAAAUGUAAAUAAAAACAGAAUGCAAUGAUUUGCAAGUCAUUUAAACUAUAGUUAUUGAAUAUAGUACAGCAGGAGCAGAAAAGUUAUAAAAUUUGAUUGUAUUUUUGAAAAUGUAUGCUCAUUUUCAAUUUGACUGUGUUAUGAGGUUAAAAAGUACAUGACUAGGUAUAACAAGUGCCUAACUACUUUAGAUUGGGGGUCCUCCACUCUGUGAACAACUGUAUGAGCAAAUAAUUCAGCAAUUUAAGGAUAAGUAAAAUUGAAAGAAUUUAUUCAUCUGUGCAGAGAUUGAAAGCAAUAAUUGGCUAUGAUAUUUGGUGCAUUUUGUACAUGGCAUGUGUGUGAAGGCACCAUUAAUGCUGGAUGAUAUCUACAUAUGCUCCCAUCUAGACAAGGCCUUUUUUAAGGUAGGCCUUGCUUAUUUCUGCAAGACACUGCCAAUACUCAUUGUACAAAUGUAGCAAUAGCAUGGGCUUGCUACAUAGGAAAUGAAUCCAGGUGCUAAAAUGGUGCAUCUGGGAGUCUAGACAUGUCACCCAUUUAAAACAUUUGCCAUAUUUUAAACUGUUGAGAAGAUGAACGUCAGUAUUAGGCAAGAAAUGUUUUGCUUACAAAACUACAUAAAUUGGUCUCCUAAGUUUAAAAAAAAAAAACAUGCUCAGAGUCAUGUUUAAAGAAGAGGUGAUGAAACAUAGCUGGCAAUGUGUUGCUGGUGUCGAAUUUAAAAAGUCUCCGGUUCAAAGUUUGGAUGUUGAAAUAUUUUACAUAAAAUAAAGGGUGCAAAUAAUUUGCACUUCAUUGCAUUGUAUUUUAUUUACAAGUGUUUCAACAUUUUUAGAAAAGGCUUGUAACAUGAAAUCACUUUAUGAUUAGAUUCAUGAGACCAUUACACAGUGUUUAGGAAGGCUUAAGUAAUUUUGUUCUUACAACAUUAGAAUCGAUGUACGUCUUAAUGAGGUAGCACUGCAUGAAGCCUUGCAACUUUUCCAACUUGUCACUUGUUAGGUCUUUAGCAUACAUUGUCACGUUCACAUGAAUGUAAAUCAAGGGGUUAAAUUGGGAUUCAUCCUACCAUAAUGAGAAGAGGGGGGCUUGCUGAGCUCACCAUGAAAAAAGUGCUUUUUGUCUUUAUGUACCAAAUAAAAUUUGAUGAGUCUAUAAUUUCACUGUGUCUUGGUUGGCUGGUGGUUUCUAUUCUGCUCACUCCCAGUUUAACCCCUGACUUUUUGUUUGUAGACCUGGGCCUAAUCGUACUUGAAUAGAUUUACAAAGAAAGAAAAGAAAAUAAGGGCAUUUGAAUAGAUUUUAUUUGUUUGCAAAUAUUAGUUAUCUCUCUGGACACAUCAUAAAGAAUUCAGCUGUAUCCGGGUGUCGAAGCUUUUAGCUUUUUUCCAUUAUUACAAAUCAUCUAAAUUGUAGAAAAAAAAUCUUAGCCACAUUAAACAUUAAAUAAAAUAUGCAAAAUAAGCCCCAAAAAAACCUAUUGAAAUACAUUUUGGCCCUAGUCUCCAUAUGUGUUUAGCAGACAUAUGCAGUUGGAUGAUCUGGGUUAGUAAUGCUAUACUACCAAUGCUUCUCCUCCCAGGUUCAUCCAUGUCUCUGAAUCACCUACAUGUCAUCACCAUUAUUUCCUCACUAUACUGUUUAAUUGCCAUUGGCAAAUCAUAGCCACACCCUCUAUGCUUGGAGACACAUUAAAAAAAAAAGAAAAAAAAAGAAAACUGAAGUUGGUGCUAAUCCAGAAUCUUGUCUAAAACUCUCCAUCCACCAACUAUUGUUCAUCUUGUUCCAUCUGUCUUACUCAAAUUGCUGGUAAGGGGAAUUCUACUGUCUCCUGCUUGAUGAAUAAGAGUCUUUCUCAACCUUCAGUGCCAGAUGCAUUCUCUCAAGUCCUGCCUAAUUUUAACAUCAGUGAAAUGAUCCCUUCUUACAUUCCUGAGGGAGGACAACAGGCAUGGAUGGAUAAGUUCUAGUCUAUGUACAGUUCCACAAUAAUUGUACAACUUCAUUUCUUAUAAUGCCUCUCAUCCUUUUUUUCUAUGGCCUCUUUGCAAGGCAGUAUAUUGUAUUUGAUGUGUGUAUUUUUAAAAAAAGAUUAAUACAUCUGUGUAUUGUCGGUGCCUUUGUCAGGUUCAUUUGAUUGGACUUGUCUGUUUGCCACCAUUUUUAGACUGGGGUUUUUCUUGCUGUGCUCCUGGUCACAAUGACCCACUGGAAACACUGCCUUCUACUAUGAAAGGUCACUAGUAUAUUAGAAUACUUCACUCAUUUUUCAAAUGGUAGCUAUAAAUGAACACAGCUUGGAUAAUUGGUAAUAUACAGACUACUGUUGAGGUCUCCAGGAAACUUUGUAUCAUGUAUUACCUUUUUUAAAUUGAUGAUAUCACUUCAACUAACAGAUUUAGCUGGUUUUUUUUUGGUUUUUUUUUUUGCUUGUUUGUUUAUUUUGUUUUAUUUUUUAUUUCCAGACAUGCAAGAAACCAAUCAAAACCAACCUUGAUCUGAUGUUUAACAUUUUCUGGAAAUGCAAACUUUAUAUAGAAGACUAACUGAUAGCCAGUGUAUAUACAGUAUAUGUCUAUAUGCAUCUGUAUAGAUAAAAAUGCAUACAUUUGGUGAGCUAAAGCUUUGCUUACUAGUGGGUCUCUGGGGCAGCAGCAGAAAAAACAACCUUGUGUUAUACCAAUGCCUGUUCAUCUAUUCUGUGGUCGUCUAAAUGUUUAAUCUUGAAUAAAACUAUUGUUUGUUUACAGCAAGUCAA